UUUAAUUGUCUGAUUUACUCAACUAGAAUCCACCUUAAUAGAAGUUUAGAAAAAAAUAGUACCUCUUUGUGCAGACACAGCGCCGCUACUAUCCCUGUCGACGUGUCUUGGUUUUCUUCUCCGAUUCUUUGGAGCUAAGCUCAGUGCAAAAAAGUUAGCAAUGAAGGCGUUUGAAGUCGGUGGAACCACCCUUUGUCUUGCCCUUUUCAAUGAUGUUACUAAUUCCAAAGAACUACUGGACUUAAUGCAGUCUGCAACACUGGAGCCCGAAGUAGCAUUUCUGAAUGCAUCACUUAUCCCAGAUGUAUUUCCUGUUUUGGCAGCUGCACAUAAGACACUUGUAGCUAAAUCACGGGAUUCACUGACUACACGGACCCUCCAUUCUGAGCUUGUUUACAACUACUCAGGAUCUAAGCAUAUUUCAGAGUCUUUGAAAAGAUGUGGCAUCGCCGACAACACAAGCUACAUCCUGGCAGCACGCUUUGGUGCUUCGGCUGAUGAGAUGGUGGCCAUAGAAAAACUCAUAAAGGGCAGUGAAAUUGACUUGAAGGAAUUGGAACAAGGAAAAAACCAGGCCCAGAUUCAAAAGCAUUACAAGAUAUCUAAUCUGGAGCUGGAAGUAUCAUCACUUGCAGAUGCUAUAGUCUGCAGAAUUGCUGCCAGAGAUGCUUUAUGAGCAUUACAAGCCUACGCCACUAUUAUUAUUGCAUCUUCUCUAUAUGUAAACUAAUUAUGUCAUUAACUCGAAAAUAACUUUCCAAACCUUGUGCGAAGAUACUCUUUUGCUACUCUGACCGUUCUAUAGACACUAUGAAACCGUGAUGCCGUUGCUAUUGUUUUUACCUUA